AUGAAAGUGAGCAUGGAAAGGAAAGUGAGCAUGAAAAGGAAAGUGAGCAUGGAAAGGAAAGUGAGCAUGGAAAGGAAAGUGAGCAUGAAAAAUAAAGGAAAUUUGGUGACAGCGGGUGUGUUUGUAGGGUCGUUGUUGGCCGCCGCCUGCGGGAGCGUGUCCGUGGCCGCGGCCAUCGCUUCGCCGCUCAUUACGACCUACAUGAUCGUGGGCGGGCUUUUCUUCCAUCUCAACGCCUUGCCGCGGUAUCUGAGUUGGAUCCAAUGGAUCUCCUGGUUUCGAUACUCCAACGAGGGCCUCCUCAUCGUCCAAUGGGAAGGGAUCUCGAAUAUAACGUGCGAGACUGAGCAGCGAACGAAUGCGACCUCCUGCCUCACCACGGGAUCCCAGGUCCUCCAGCGAUAUUCCUUCCAGGAAGAUGAAUACCCGUUCGACCUCAUCCUCCUCUUCACGCUCUACGUCGUCUUCCACGCUUCUUCCUAUUUUGCACUUCUACGCCGGACCAGAAUUUAUUGACGAAUUCGGAUCCGCGAGCACGGCGACGGAUCAUCCUGCUUUUAUUUUCACUUUGCCAGACGUGAUAGUGGCGCGGCCUGUUCAUUUUAUAUCCUGCCGAUUUCGUUUUUUUUUUGUUGGUUCAAAUAUAGUGC